CCGUGGAUGAUUGGAUUGGAGAGGGGCCGGGCGGGCGGUGGACAUGGAUCAUCAUCGUGCCUGCCCGCCUGUUGCUGGUGGAGGAGAGUUGGAUGGACCCACGUCACGUUGAUUCCAGCGAAGCGUCGUCGCUUUGCUUGGUUAAUUGGGAUCCAUAGCUUGCAUCGCAUCGACGAGACGAGGACCCUUCUCUGGCUCUUUCCCCUCCAAUUCUCCAUUCCAUCCGGUUCGAUUCCUCGUCGCCCCCUCCCUCUAGCUUAAUUAGCUUGCUCGUUCAUGGACCGUCCUCGUGAUCAAACCGUCGCCGGCGUCAGUAGCGCACCUCUCGUCGGAGAAUUCGUUUGGGACGUGGUGCUGUGGCGGCGAGGCCGGGGCGACGUCAGCGCCUGCCUGCUGGCGGCCACCGUCUCCUCCUGGCUGCUCUUCUUCGGCUCCGGCUUGGGCUACACGCUGCUGUCCCUCGCCUCCACCGUGCUCCUCCUCCUCCUCACCGUCCUCUUUCUGUGGGCCAAGGCCGCGCGCCUCCUCAACAGGCCGGAGCCACCUAUUCCAGAGAUGCGUGUUUCGCAGGAGAUUGUCGAUCAAGUGGCAGCCCUGCUGCAUUCCGGUCUCAACACGGUCUUCUCCACCUUCCAUGAUAUAGUCCUAGGGAAGGACUCGGUUCUCUUUUACCAAGUCUUCCUUUGCUUAUGGAUCAUUUCUAUCGCUGGCAGCCUCACUGAUUUCCCUACUUUCUGCUACACAAGUACUGUCGCUGUUCUGACCAUCCCAGCAUUGUACCGGAAAUACGAAGAAUGCAUUGGCAGAUACAUGAGGUUCGCCUACAUGAACCUGCAGAUGUACGAGAUGGUUUACCAGAGAUUUUCCAUGAAAUGCUUGGUCAAGGUCAGGGAUUGGGUUAUCGAGGUACUGAAGGAUCCAUGACCUGCUGCUGCUGGUUGGUUCUAUACUUCUACAAGGAUUUGAAUUGGACAGUGAUCGAUUUUGUUGCUUUUUUGCCCCCUAGAAUCUGGACAUGUAUAUAGUGAUCGAAGUAGUUUUGAUUGGUGCUGAUGUUUGAUUGUUUGUUUAGAGUGGUGUGCUGGUGGCUUGUUUCCUUGGAUCUGUUGUCGAGGAGUCUGAUGCAAGUGGCUGAAGGCCAUGUAUAUGCUUGUUGUUCGGCAAUGUAAAAGCAGGCCAUGGAAUGUUAGAUCCUUGAGAUACAUGCAACAAUUGAGUUUGUACAGAGACAAAAUUCAGUGUAAAAAACAUAUAUCUCCUCGAUUCUACAACCUGUCUGACUCA